GUUGUAUGUCGUUUGCCAACAUUGGUAUCAUAAAAACCCCAAACAAAAAGAAAGUUGCACUCUGUAAUUUACUUGCCAAGAUCCGCGGCAAGGAAAUGGAGAAAGGGACUAACAGUAACACCGGUGGUGGAUCAAGUGGCUACUGGUGGUGGGUCGCCGCCAGCGGCGUCCAAGUGGCUUGGGGCAUAUACUCCUUCCGCAAAGGCUACUCCGGCGACUCACGACUCAUGCCCCUCAAAGCUUUUGGCGUAGCUUCUCUCUUCGUCGGCGCCACAGCAACCGCCACUGUCGGAACCUUUAGUGCCUCCGGCAUCCACUCGGUGAAGGAUGCCAUGGAACUUGGGGCAAAUAUAAGGUCUGGGCUUGGAGUCAAGGGUAGGGGAUAAAUCAAGUAAUCUCUUAAAUCAUUUUGCUUGAGGUACAUAUUUUGGUUAUUCAAAACCAGAUAGAGAUAACAAAUAACAAAUAACUGAUAAUCACUCCAAUGUGGUGUAAGGUUUUGGAUAUUGUUAUGGGGAUGUAGGUCUUGAUUUUGAUUUUGAUGGUAAUCCGUGAGCUAUGGAUAUUGCUUCUUGAAUUGUUUCUGA